AUGAGGAUCGAUUACCAUAAAUUGGGAGUCACGGUUGAUACAACGUGCGUGAAAGCCGUCGACUUGUUCAGGGUAAUAUCUGCGUACGAGUACUUUAAUGCUUCAUAUCAUUGGCUGAUUUUUGGAAAUGAAUCUACUAAAUGUGUUCUGAAUGAGCAAAACCUUGCUUUAGAUGCAAAGGUGACCUUGGUUAUCGCCGCCGAAGAAUCGAAUGGAGUUUAUGAUGUGUAUGAUGUGUUCAGUCCAAUGAGGAGGCGUGGAUUGCCUUUAAAUGUGACCUACAUGGGGAACUGGAGUACGAACUGGGGACUCAACAUUGUAGUUCAACAGACUGAAUACGAACGUCGGUUUAAUUCCGGAGGACUUUGGUUGAAGGCAGCAGUUACGCCUUUGGAUCAGCUUCACAACCAUCAUAUCACGUUAAUGGAGAAUUUGGUUAGUAACGCUACGGUAGACAAGUAUUCACUUCAUCGAUUUGCGUAUCGCAUGUUGGAAAUAGUGAUGUUGAAACAUAAUUUUACGAUGCGGAUGAUCCGAACAUCAGCCUGGGGUAUAACAAACACCGACGGACGCUCAAAUAAAGGUACGGUUGGGCAAGUGGCUACCAAACAAUGUGAUUUGGAAAUAAAUCCCGUAUCUUGUAUACAAGAGAGAAUUGCACCAUUCGAUUAUACAGUCAUAACAUCAACUUCGAGAAUGCUUUUCGUUUUCCGCCAUCCAAGAAGAAGUCAGGUGAGAAACAUAUUCCUUCAACCGUUUGGAAUGGAUCUGUGGCUCGGAAUUCUAGCUGUAAUGGGAAUAGCUGCCAUUAUGUUGUUUGUGGGUUUUUGGACUGAAAUUUGGAAGGAACAUUACGCUUACGGAAUUGAAGAUAAUCGAUCUCUGUCCUUUAUAGUUAUUUUCGGAAUGUUAUGUCAACAAGGAUUUGCCGGUAGAACAUAUCUUACCUCAUCCAGAAUCAUACUGAUAAGUACAUUGAUGUUCUCCAUAUUCAUCUCACAAUUCUAUUCCACGUUCAUCGUUGGUUACCUAUUGAUUACUCCGCCAAAAUUUAUAAAUACCCUAAAGCACUUGUUGGACAGCGAUUUGAAAAUACUGAUUGAAGAUAUUGCUUACAAUAUUGACUAUCUGAACAGAACAACAGAUCCGGUGGCCAUCGAAUUGAAUAAUCGAAAAAUUCGCAACGAAGUCAACAAUUUCUUAAACGUCACAGAAGGGAUCGCUCGAGUUAGGCAGGGGGGCUAUGCUUUCCAGUGUGAUACAGCUUACGCAUACCCGCUGGCGAAGGCGACUUUUACAGAUCAGGAAAUUUGCGAUUUACAGGAAGUAUAUCUUUUUCCUAUUCGUCUGAUGCACAUACCACUUCGGAAGGGUAGCCCGUUUAAGGAAAUGUUCCGCAUUACAUUACGUAAAACCGUAGAAUCCGGUAUAACCAGGUACCAUCAGCGUCGUUUCUUCUCUGAUAAGCCCAAAUGUGCUAAAAAUCAGCAAGAAAAUAAAUCCGUUGAUUUUAGUGACGUUUCAACACUAUUUCUGGGAAUUGUGGUUAGCAUUUUUGCGAGCAUUUGUUUGCUGUUUGUAGAAAUUGUUUAUCAUCAUGUUUCUAAACGUCGAUAA